AUGGACAGCCUUUGCAACACCAUCAAUGGCAAACUAAUUCUUCGAAAUCUGAAUGGUAAGUAUAUACUGCACUCAAGCUGUCCACAGUUUUUGCAUCAUCUUUCGUCUAGCGACGAAAACGAACUUCUGCACCUUCAAGCUUGA